AUGCCGAGGAGAACUUCACGCGUACAGCUUGAGGAACGGGUGCUGGAAUACGACAGAGAGGCACACCGUAUCACCGUCAAAAGGAUUAGCGAGAUUACGCUAAGUCCUGAUCAAUAUUGGAUUGUCCGUCUCGGUGAUGACUCCGAGCGCUGGGAUAUCUACGCCGACGAAGCCGGGGACAGGAUGUGGGCACAGACGCCAGAAGAAGAGUCACCGAGUACCGGACACUUCGUCAGUCGAUUAGAUCUUCGAAAUAUUGGAACGCGAGGCAGAUUCUAUAGGCGCUGCGGGAAGCUUCAGCUAGUCUAUGUAUUGAAGCCCUUGGGUUACUUGUUCCUGUCUGAUUAA